UUGCCGUGUUCAAGAUAUAUCGACACACUGCUUUUACUGUAUUAUUUUGUGCGUUACUUUUAUUGAGUUUUGCCAUGCCACCACCCCACGCGCUACCAUGUGGUCCUGAUUGCGGCCGAGGCUUCUGCCUCCCGCACUGCUACCAUCGCAACAGGCCCCCACUACCACCGCAUCUGUGGCAGCCGCCCCCUCCGCCAUACCUGCCACCGCCCCCGCACUACGGACCACCGCAUCACGGCCCACCACAUCACGGCCCACCACAUCACAGCCCACCACAUCACGGCCCACCCCAUCACGGACCACCGCACCACGGACCACCGCACCACGGCCACCACCACCACCAUCAUCACCACCACCAUAGUCCGGGACCACAGCCGAGAUAAUAGCUGUUGGUUUAGCGGAGGAUAAAGACUACAAUGUGAUAGUUCUGGGAGUAAAAAACAAUAAUUGAGAUUGAGAAUAUUGGGUUACAAGUACUUAAAAAAAUAACCAGUAUUCCUAUU